ACUGAUCUGUCCAUGCUGGAUAUAUUGAUGAUUUCAUCACAUAAAUCUCUCAGCUGAAGAAAGAGGUGGCGUUACUGGAGACAAUGCUGAGGUCAAGAGAAGAUUUAGCAAUGAAACGAGAGGAUGUGGAUUGUUGUGAAUCUUCAGAGUAUGUGACUGAUGAUGGGAGUCUGGAUUCAGUGUGGAUGAGCAGAGAUCAGAGCCGCACACCACAGACACUGCUGGACUCUAAACUCUCUGAAGAGAAAUCCAGACACACACAGGACUCCGAUCUCAGUCUGACUUUACUCUGUUAUACUGAGUCAAAGCUCACAGACACUCAGGACACUACAGUGUGUGACAGUAAACAGAGCUUACAGGAGGAUCAAACCUCCACAGAGUCUCUGGAUUCUGUCUGUAACGCUGGAGAACAGCAGCAGAUCCUGCAGACCAAACUGAAGAUGUGUUCAGUUAAACUCAUCGACUGCAUGAACCUCAUGAUGAAGAUUAAAACUGAACCCACAGAAACGAAAACUGAACCCACAGAAAUGAAAACUGAACCCAGAGAAACGAAAACUGCACCUAGAGAAACGAAAACUGAACCCACAGAAACGAAAACUGAACCCACAGAAACGAAAACUGAACCCACAGAAACGAAAACUGAGCCCACAGAAACGAAAACUGAGCCCACAGAAACGAAAACUGAGCCCACAGAAACGAAAACUGAACCCACAGAAAUGAAAACUGACCCCACAGAAAUGAAAACUGACCCCACAGAGAUCAAAACUGAACCCACAGGGAUCAAAACUGAAACCACAGAAGAGGAAGAUUGCAAUGAUGAAGAUGAUGAUUUUAUUCCAUCAGGUAUGUCUCCUUAAUUAUUGUUGUGUUUUUAACAUUUUUAACUCAUGUGAGCACCUGUUUUGGGUUUUCAGUCACAUACUCAUUAAUUAAAAGACCAAAAAAUAUAUAUACUAAAAUGUUAAAGGAUUAUUGAGCAAUAGGCAUGUAUGCUUAAAGGGUUACUGGUAGUUCACCCCAAAAUGAUAAUUUG